AUGGAGUAUAACAUAACUACAUGGCCAUUCAGAGAAAACCCAUGGAGUUCCAAGUUAAUUUGUAACAAGUUAUUAGUGAAAUGGACAGAAGGUGUUUAUGCGACGUGCAUAGCAUCAACAGUAUUGGGUUUCAUAUCAGCCUAUAUUUUGCCCGUAUUCCUAAUCAUAUCAUUUAUCAUUUAUACUACACUGACUAGUGUGUUAAUUGCAUCCAACCAUAAAACUAGAUCGUCAAUUUACUUCCUUGGAUCACUGAUAUCAAAUAUACUUGUCAGUAUAGCGUAUGGCUUGUUUUGGUUUUACUUAACCAAAGGAUUACCGUAUGCAACAAAUGGUGAUAAAUAUUUCUUCCUGUUGUAUGUGUCCAUACAUUCGUGUAAAUUUUUCCGUUUUUGGCAUUCGUUUUCUUCAAAUCUGAUGUGUAACUUUCUAUUGUGUGCAGCAGUUGAUCGUUAUCUAACUGUUUAUUUCCCGACAAAAUUCUCAAACCUACCAAACAAGUUCGCUUGGUAUGCUUUCGGUACAGUGUGGCUCAUAAGCUUUCUUAUGACAAUUCCAUUUGCAAUCGUUAGCAGCUUGCUUGUUGUUGGAGGAAAGCUUCAUUGUUGGGUUACACCAGAGAGUAUCUAUUCUUUAUUUUACAAUGCUUUGGUAACAAAUCUGGGACCUGUACAACUUUCUAUCACCAUAACCAUAAAUAUCAUGUUUUUCAUACGCAUACGCAAACAUUUGCAACAUAUGAGCACAAUGAAAAACACAACUGCGACGGAUCGUAAACAGCUUCAAACUUUGACAUUUCUAAUCAUAUUUUCUGCAUCCUAUGCAGUGUUUGGUGUUCCACAAAGUGUUGUGUACAUAAUAAACAGAGCUACUGUACUGGGUUUCAUUGAUGCUAAUUCUGAUUUGUGUCAAAACAUUGGUGAUAUAAUAUGGACUUUGUUCUUCUGUAGAAGUUUGUUUGAUAUUGUAUUGGGUUACUUUUAUUUUCAACCAGUACGCGAAACAUGCUUAAUUGUUUACAGAGGUUGUGGAAAGUUGAAAAACAAGAGCUCUACAUUGAACUCCCAAUUUUCAACAUAUCAGCAGCGAUCAUAA